AUGGCUUCAUCAGAGGAGGAUUUCUCCUGUCCUGUGUGCUUUGACACCUUUAAAGAUCCUGUUGUCUUGUCCUGUAGUCACAGUUUCUGUAAAGUCUGUCUGCAGGAGUUCUGGAAGAAUAAAACAUCCAAGCAGUGUCCGGUCUGCAGAAGAAGAUCCUCAAAACCAGAUCCUCCCCGUAACCUUGUCUUAAAGAACCUGUGUGAGGCUUUUUUACAAGGAAAAUAUGGGAUAACUUCAUCAGGGUCUGAGGAGCUCUGCAGUCUGCACAGUGAGAAACUCAAACUCUUCUGUACUUCAAAAAAACACAAAAACCAUGAAUUCUGUCCCGUGGAUGAAGCUGCACAUGAUAGCAGGGAGAAACUGAAGACUGCACUGAAGCCCUUACAGGAGAAACUGGAGAUCUUUAAAAAAGUCAAACUGACCUGUGAUCAAACAGCAGAACACAUUAAGACUCAGGCUAAACACACAGAGACACAGAUUAGGGAAGAGUUUGAGAAACUUCACCAGUUUCUACAAGAUGAAGAGACAGUCAGGAUAACUGCACUGAGAGAGGAAGAGGAGCAGAAGAGUCAGAUGAUGAAGGAGAAGAUUGAGCAGAUGAGUCGAGAGAUUUCCUCUCUCUCAGACACAAUCAGAGCCAUAGAAGAGGAGAUAAAAGCUGAAGACAUUUUGCUCCUUAAAAACUUUGAGGCCACAAAGAAAAGGGCCCAGCGCACACUGCAGGAUCCAGAGAUACUUUCAGGAACACUGAUCAAUGUGGCAAAGCACCUGGGCAACCUGAAGUUCAGAGUCUGGGAGAAGAUGCAGGAGAUUGUUCAAUACACUCCUGUGAUUCUGGACCCCAACACUGCUCACCCAAAACUCAUCCUGUCUGAGGAUCUGACCAGUGUGAGAUUCAGUGAUGAGAAACAGCAGAUUCCUGAUAAUCCAGAGAGAUUUGAUGGAUAUGUAUGUGUCCUGGGCUCUGAGGGUUUUAAUUCAGGGACACACUGCUGGGAUGUUGAUGUUGGGGACAGUACAGACUGGAUCCUGGGUGUGACCACAGAGUCAAACCAGAGGAAGGGAGAGACGCUCUAUAACACUGGUGUCUGGUGUGUUGGGUGUGUUGAUGGUAAAUACUGGUCAAAGGCCUCAGGAGAGUCAGAUAUUCCACUGACAGUGAAUAAUAAAUUCCAGAGGAUCAGAGUGGAACUGGAGUGGGACAGAGGAAAACUCUCAUUCUCUGAUCCUCUAAAUAACACACACCUACACACCUUCACACACACUUUUACUGAGAGAAUGUUUCCAUACUUUGCUAUUGCCUAUAAACUCUCUCCUCUGAGGAUCUUAACAGUGAAGUGUUGUGUAUCAGUGAAACAGCACAUUUAG